CUGUGGGAGCGCUCACACACUGAGAGCAAGUGAUGGGAGACAAACUGCGUCCCUGAAGCGCGUGUCGCUCACCUGGCGAUAUUUUCAUAACAUUUUUUUUUGUUGUUGUCUGGUUUUCAUUUUUAUUUCAGAUUUUUGAUUCACCUUUAGAGAAAAUUAUUACUAUCUUGUUUGGAGCAGAAUUGGAUUGGCAGAAGGAGGUGAACGUCCGAUGUACACUUCAAUAUCAGUGUCAAUAUUGGCUAUAAUCUGUCAAGGAUUUCCGUCAUGGCAGAGGAGUGAGGCGCAUUUGCCAAAAUGCCUGUUAGCUGGAAUAUAACUUUUUCACGGCGUUCCUAUGGAAUAUAGUCCGAUUUUACACAGUCUACAUGUUGUGCCAUCACCCCACGUGAAAAACAAACUCUUUGUGUUCUGCAUAAUGCUGACCCUUUGGGUGUAUAUGAUUUAUUGUUGUGUUGGCUACUGCUCCACGAUGCCGAACGUGGCGCUGGGCUCGCUGAACAGACACGAAAACGACGCAGAAGUUGACAAUCAGGAGUCCUCUCUCGGGGCGUCCAGGGACUUACUGAAUAACGAGAACGAUUUGGACAGCAGAGGAGAGGACUGGGAUGAAAUUAAAGGCGAGGCGAAGGCGUUGGAUGAUAAUGCCAUGUCAGGUUUCUUCAAUGAGUCGGAAAGUAAGAAGUUGCCCCAGGCGAUUAUCAUCGGGGUGAAGAAAGGAGGGACCCGGGCGCUGCUGGAGUUUCUGCGCCUGCAUCCGGACAUCAGAGCGGUGGGAGCGGAGCCGCACUUCUUCGACCGCAACUACGACAAGGGGCUGGAGUGGUACAGGGAACUGAUGCCCAAGUCUUCAGAUGGCCAGUUGACCAUGGAGAAAACCCCCAGCUACUACGUCACCAAGGAGGUCCCAGCUCGAAUCUACACCAUGUCCAAAGACACAAAGCUGAUUGUAGUCGUCAGGGAUCCCGUCACUCGGGCCAUCUCUGACUACACCCAAACACGCUCCAAGAAGCCGGACAUCCCUUCUUUCGAGAGCCUGACCUUCAAGAACAUCUCAGCGGGUUUGAUCGACACCACAUGGAGCGCCGUUCAAAUCGGCAUGUACGCAAAGCACCUCGAGCGCUGGCUUCAGUACUUCCCCAUGGAGCAACUACUGUUUGUUAGCGGAGAGCAUCUGAUAAGCGACCCUGCAGGUGAGAUGGCACGCGUCCAGGACUUUCUUGGGCUCAGGAGGGUAGUCACGGAGAAGCAUUUCCACUUUAAUCCAGCAAAAGGCUUCCCAUGCCUUAAGAGACCCGAGGGGAACAGCAAGCCACACUGCCUAGGAAAAACCAAAGGCAGGACCCAUCCUAAUAUUGACCCAGAGGUGGUGCAGAAGCUAAGGGACUUUUAUAAACCCUUUAACAGCAAGUUUUACCACAUGACGGGUCAUGACUUUGGCUGGGAUUAAGAGAAAACCAAUGAUGACGGACUGAUGCCGCUCCCUUGUCCGUGUUUUUUUUUAUAAUUCUAUCACUCUGGAGAUAUUGUUAUACAGUGUAUGUACAGUAUUUGGUGGAUGUGUAAAAAUUCAGAAGUCUAUUUUAUGAUAAUUUAUUGUUAUGAUAUUAACUCACUAAGCUGCCUAACCAGGUUUACCCAUGAUCCAGACUUUCUGCUCCAGAUUUAAUUCUCAUCAGGUAUAUGAACAUUUUUCUAAAAGCACAAUGUUUUUACGGGUAUUUUGAGCAGGGUCAGUAUCUCUUUUUUUUCCCAGCGGAAUAUUUUUAUGUCUUCAUUUUGGAUAACCACGUCUCCUCCUUUUGCUUUUCCAAAAGCCUCUACCUUAAAAUCUGAAUGGGAUCCAACUUUACAAGCAACUGGUAAUAUCCCCUUAACAUUUGCUUGACCCUCAGAGGUCUGUGGACCCACUUAGGGAGGUCGAUAAAGGCCUCAGCUGAUCCAGUGCCACUUGCCAGGUGGAUCAAUACAGUAAUAGCUCCUCAUCAUGUCAAUUAGACCUGAGUGAUGGCACUGCCUUGAUCUCUCGAGAAUUGCAAUAAAACAUGGAUGCAUUAAUGGUAGUAACUUUAUGGUUAACCCUUGAGCCAACUUCAGGUUAAUAUAAUGAUACAAAUUUCCACUGCAAUAUUUAGAGUUAACCACUAUUUAUACCGUUGCUACAGAGGAAUGUUGUUUAGGAUCCAAUCAGAGAGAGAGAGAGUCAAGUCAAGAUACUUUAGGCAGUUUUAUUUUCCAAAAACCUGCUGUUUUGGCUUCAGAGCACCUAAUAAUUUAUGUCUCAUUCUCGCUUAAUGAUGUUCAUACAUUUGGCUCUCAUGGAUAAUACUUUACAGAUUUUUUUUGACAGGUCGUAGUAAAUGUUUUAAUCCUACCCUCAACCCGGACACAUCACCUGAUGAGAAAAGCAAUUCUCUAUAUCUUUGGAGCGUACUUUAAGUAGUAGCUGAAGGGAAUAGAAAUAAACGUACCUUGGGCCAAAAAAUCCUCCUUUUAGUUUCAUGAAUGGUUGAGUUUUAUUCAACCUUAACAAACACCUAUCGUCAUCAUUUUAACAGACGUCAUUCUACAAUGAUGUUGUGCGACCCCGCUGUUGUAGAGGCACUAUUUUUGCUGUAUGCAUUGCUUUACAAAUAUGAAAAUGAAGCAGGUUUGACUGAGAAGUUGAAUAAAAUGCAGUCAUGUCGUUUUUAUGAAGAAAAUAAAUAAAUAUGUUUUACCAAAAUCA